CAACGUCACAUUCUCCAUUCAAAGAAGUAGAGUCGUGUGCGCAUGCGCAUUGUGACAACCUGUGCACAGAGAGGGUCACCAUGGUUCGGACUCGGUCCGGUUCUGUCGUUUUUUGAACAGAGUCUGCGGCCAACAUGCUCACACUGCUUCAGCGGAGGCUCCGGCCGCUCGGCGCGCCGCCGGGCCGCUUCUCUGCUCGCUCAGCUCGCUUCUUCAGCAGCUCUGCUCCGGAGAUGCCCGCUGCUCGAGUCCGCAGCACCUUCCUGGACUUCUUCCGGCAGAAAUACGGACACCAGCUGGUCCCGUCCUCCCCGGUCCGACCCAGAGGAGACCCCAGCCUGCUGUUCGUCAACGCCGGCAUGAACCAGUUUAAACCCAUCUUCCUGGGGACCGUGGACCCUCGCAGCGAGAUGUCCUCAUACCGCAGAGUGGUCAACAGUCAGAAAUGUGUCCGAGCCGGCGGCAAGCACAACGACCUGGAGGAUGUGGGCCGAGAUGUGUACCAUCACACCUUCUUCGAGAUGCUGGGAAAUUGGUCAUUUGGAGACUACUUCAAGGUGGAGGCGUGCGGCAUGGCGUGGUGCCUCCUCACAGAGUAUUAUGGGAUACCUGCGGACCGACUGUAUGUGUCUUACUUUGCUGGAGAUGCUGCGUCGGGGCUCCCAGCUGACGAGGAGACGCGAAACAUCUGGUUGGACAUCGGGGUCCCACCUGGACGCCUUCUGCCAUUUGGCCUCAAAGAGAACUUCUGGGAGAUGGGCGACUCGGGCCCUUGUGGCCCCUGCACAGAGAUUCACUACGACCAUGUGGGAGGACGAGACGCCGCGGCACUCGUCAACGCUGACAGUCCAGACGUGGUGGAGAUCUGGAACCUGGUCUUCAUGCAGUACAACAGGGAGGUGGACCACAGUCUGCAGCUGCUUCCCCAGGUCAGUGUGGACACUGGGAUGGGACUAGAGAGACUGGUGACCAUCCUGCAGGGGAAACGGUCGAACUACGACACGGACCUGUUCACGCCGCUGCUGCGAGCCAUCCACCAGAGGUCGAGGGCGGGCCCGUACGGCGGCAGGACGGGGGCAGCAGACGAGGGCAGGGUGGACAUGGCGUACAGAGUGGUGGCCGACCACAUCCGCACGUUAUCAGUGUGCAUCGCUGACGGAGUUUAUCCAGGCAUGUCAGGAGCAGAGUUGGUAUUGAGGAGGAUUUUGCGGCGGGCGGUUCGGUUCUGUGCUGAGGUCCUGCAGGCCCCUCAGGGAGCGCUGGCUAGUCUGGUUCCUACAGUCACCCAUAUUCUGGGUGAUACGUAUCCAGAGCUCCACAGGGAGGCACACAGGAUCAUGGACAUCAUCAAUGAGAACGAGGCUCAGUUCCUGUCGUCUCUGCAGCAGGGCAGCAGGCUGAUCCACCGAACGCUCAACAGGAAGGACUACAAACAUGGAAUGUUCCCAGCCUCCGUGGCCUGGUCUCUGCACAGAGACCUGGGUUUCCCUCUGGAUCUGGUGGACCUGAUGUUGGAGGAGAGAGGAGUCCAGGUGGACCGGCAGGAGCUGAAUCGACUGAUCGCAGAGAAGAACAAGGUGACGUCUGAUCUGCAGUCAGGUGUCGAGUCUCAGCUGAUGUUGGAUGUCCUCAGCCUGUCCAAGCUGCAGCGUCUCGGCGUCCCUCACACUGACGACAACCUCAAAUACCAGUACAGACUGGAGCAGGACAGAUACGUGUUCCCAGCCUGCAGUGCAACAGUCCUGGCUCUGUAUGACGGUCAGACUCUGGUGUCGGAGGUCACUGAGGGUCAGCGCUGCGGUGUCAUCCUGGAUCAAACCUGCUUCUACUCUGAGCAAGGGGGGCAGUCACAUGACCAGGGCUAUUUGACCCGGGACGGAUUGCAGGACAUCUUGUACCCUGUGGAGGCAGUGGUCCAGGCAGGGGGGUAUGUGGUCCAUGAGGUGACUGCAGCAGACAGCCUGAAGACUGGAGACCAGAUCCAGCUACACCUGGACCAGGUCCACAGGUUGUCCUGUAUGGUCAAACACACAGCGACUCACAUCCUGAACUUUGCUCUGAGGGAAGUUCUGGGUCCUUCAGUCCAGCAGAGAGGAUCUCAUGUGUCAGCUGAUCGCCUCCGUUUUGACUUCAGCGUCAAGGCUUCACUGAGCGUCUCUCAGCUGCAGCAGGUAGAGACGUGUGUUAAUGACAUCAUCUCAGCCAAUCACAUCGUCCACAGCCAGGAGCUUCCUCUGCAGACUGCCAGGUGCAUCGACGGACUGAGGACAGUGGACGAAGUGUAUCCAGACCCUGUUCGGGUGGUGGCGGUGGCGGUGACGGUCCCUGACCUGCUCGAUGGUCGGACAGGCAGCCAGACAUCUGUGGAGCUCUGCUGUGGAACUCACCUGCUGCAGACCGGAGCCAUUGAGGACCUGGUGGUCGUUUCAGAGAAACAGAUAGUAAAAGGAAUGAGUCGAAUCAUCGCGCUGACGGGACGUGAAGCCACACGGGCUCGAGAACAGGGUCACAAGUUGUCUCAGGAUGUGGACUCUCUGUCAGCCAGACUCACAGGCUCCGCCCCCAUCAGCCUUGACUCCACCCAACGUCUCUCCAAGGAGGUCGGAGUGCUCUCUGAUGCUGUAGACAACACUCCCAUCCCCCAGUGGCAGCGCAGAGAGCUGCAGAGCCGACUCAAAGCUCUGCAGAGGACCAGUAACACCAACGUCAGAAAACUGGAGACCAGAGAGGCCGCAGUGCGGGCUCAGGCUCUGCUGGAGAAGAACGGCAACAAGGAUCUGCAGGUGGACUCGGUGGAGACGGACUCUCUGUCGAUUUUGAUGAAGACAGUGAACCAUCUGAGUGCCGCAGCUCCUCACAGUCAUGUGAUGCUACUCGCUCACCAGAGGCAGUCUGGGAAGGUUCUGUGUGCCUGUCAGGUUCCCAAGGACUCGCCGUCCCUCUUGGCCUCUGAUUGGGCAGUGGCGGUGUGUCAUCACCUCGGGGGGAGUGCCGGAGGCUCUGCGGUGGUCGCCAAGGGAACAGGAAGCAGCAGUGACAUCGCUGAGGCGCUGAGCUGGGCAAAGGAGUUUGCAUGCCAGAAAACACAGAGAUGAUGACAUCGUUCUGACAUCACAGCGCCUCCUGCUGGUGGUUGCUGAGAGGUGAGAAGGUCAAUUGUCUGCACUGAGGAGCGUUUCCUGUUUGGACAGGAAACGUGUGGUGCAGAACACAUGGGACCUCUGUUAACUGUUAACCAAUGGCGUGACAGUUUGGGGGGCGAGGGGUGUGGCCUAACUGUGGCAGGCAGGACAUCCAUGCUGCUGUCAGCCAGUCAGAAAGCUUAGUAAGCAGCUGUUGUUACCAUGCUAACAGUUAGCUUUAUGUUUUAUGUUAAUCCAUCAUGUGGACCUGCUUAAACUUUUGAACUGAGGUGUUUCUAACAUUUUGUUUGCCCUUCCUUCAAAAAUGUGAUGUUGUAGGUGGCUGUAAGCUCUGCACACAGCCACAGACUCUUCUGAUUGGCCAACAGUCAGGUGUGAAGGUUUAUAAUUCAGUACCGAUGAUAUUUAAAUGUCUUCGUUUGAAAAUGAAUAAACACAUGACCACUCA